AAAAUGACUGAUAAAAUUGAAAAUCACGUUCUCAAAAAGUACGAGGUACUUCAGAAAGUAGGACAGGGUGCCUACGGUGUGGUCUGGAAGGUCAUCGAUAAGAAGUCCAAGAAAAUCUGUGCACUUAAAUAAGGUAUUCGAUGCAUUCCAGAACUCAACUGAUGCACAAAGAACUUUUAGAGAGAUCGUAUUUUUGCAAGAGCUAUAUGGUCACGAAAAUAUCGUGAAGUUGUUAAAUGUUAUCAGAGCAGAGAAUGAUAAGGAUAUUUACCUUAUUUUUGACUUUAUGGAGACUGAUCUACAUGCUGUUAUUAAAGCCAAUAUUUUGGAAGACGUCCAUAAGAGAUAUAUUGUCUAUCAGGUUUUGAAAUGACUUAAGUAUAUGCAUUCUGCCGACCUUUUACAUCGAGAUUUGAAGCCGAGCAACAUCUUGCUGAAUGCUGAGUGUCAUGCAAAGGUAGCUGAUUUUGGAUUAGCCAGGUCCGUCGCUCAAUGCGAAGAAGAUAAAGAGCCAUUAUUGACAGAUUAUGUAGCAACAAGAUGGUAUAGAGCGCCAGAAAUUCUAUUUGGGUCGCAUAAAUAUACAAAAGGGGUAGACAUGUGGUCGGUCGGGUGAAUAUUGGCAGAACUAAUGCUUGGAAAGCCAAUGUUCCCUGGAGUAUCAACGCUGAACCAAAUAGAAAGAGUCUUAAAAAUUACUGGGAUGCCAUCACAAGAAGAGAUAGACUCAAUGAAUUCACCUCAUUGUACUAAGAUAUUCUCUACUAUCCCUCACACUAAGCAGACUUCGUUAGAGAGUAUCUUCCCAUCAGCCUCUGAGGAUGCUAUUGAUUUAAUGAACAAAUUGCUGAAAUUUAAUCCUUCUGAUAGAUUGACUGUAGAGGAGUGCUUGGAGCAUCCAUAUGUGUCACAAUUUCAUGUGAUCGAGAAAGAGCCUGUGUGCAAGAAAGUGAUUACCAUCCCAAUUGACGAUAACAAGAAGUUUUCAAUCAAAGAAUACAGACUGAAGAUUUAUACUGACAUCCAUCGGAGAAAGAAGGAACUCAGGAAGAGAAAGAUGUUACAGGAACAAGCAUACUUGAAAAAGAAGAAGGCUGCUGCCAUGGGUUACUCUACUCAAUAUGGUGCAGGAGGAUUUUCUAAGAAAGAUGCUACAGGGUAUCCAAGAAAAGACUCCUCGGGCUAUUCUAAGAAGGAGUCAUCAGUGGGAUACUCAAAGAAAGAAAGAAAUACUCAUCAAGUAGCUAUGUGAGAAAGGAGGGAAGCAUGGACCGCCGCUCAAGACCUUCUACCACUCAUGGGAAAGGCCAUGGGUCUUACUACGGAUCAUCAAAAGGAGUGCAUGAGAGGAGGAAAUUUUAAUUCAAAUCUGCUUUAA